ACAUUUAGUUCCUCAAGGAAGUAGAAGUCAAAUUAUCUUGUUACAGUGGACUUGUUACAGCACAAGAGAGAUUGUAGAGGAGUUUUCUUUGAUUUCACCUGUCUGAGGAGAUUAUUUCAUCACUCACACGCUGGAUUUCAACCACCUGAUCUGAGCGCAGAGGGAGGACAGAGAGUUUGAACAGAAGAGGGAGAGUGAACGAGAGAAAAGCCAGAUAUGGAGACGUUCAACUCCAAGGACAUGGCUCUCAAGGCCCAGAAAAAGAUCUUGAGCCAAAUGGCCAACAAGUCUGUGGUGCAGAUGUUUAUCGACGACACCAGCAGUGAGAUUCUAGAUGAGCUUUACCGUGUGUCAAAAGAGUACACUGGAAACCGCUCAGAGGCCCAGAAAGUGGUGAAAGAUCUCAUUAAGGUGGUGGUGAAGAUAGCGGUCCUUUUCAGGCACAAUCGAUUCAAUGAUGAAGAGCUAAAGCUGGCCCAGAAUUUCCAAAAGAAAUUACACCAAGGAGCCAUGACAGCCAUCAGUUUCCAUGAGGUAGAUUUCACAUUUGACAAAGGGGUUAUGUCAGGGAUCCUGAAAGAAAGUAGGGACAUGCUUCUGAAACUUGUAAAUACUCACCUCACACCAAAAUCCCACGGACGCAUCAAUCAUGUCUUCAACCAUUACGCUGACCCUGAGCUCCUCACCCAGCUUUACAACCCAACUGGUCCCCUCAAACCCCACCUCACCAAAAUCUGCAACGGGCUUAACAAACUGCUGGAGAACGGGACAUUAUGAGGACAGCGAAGCACUGACAGACUUUUACAGGAUUGGCAUGGAGGGCCACCCGUGAUCUCAAACUGCAUACAAUGCAACCAAAAAAGGCAGAACGUGACUGACUGAAGGCAUUGGACUUCAGUUCAACCUUUGAAAUAGUGUUACUGUGCUGUUAAUGAAUAUUCAUUCAGUGGCCUGAUAGUGUUAACACAGCCACAACCACUGCCUGAGUGAGCUCAGAUCAAAUGUAAAAAUAUCGUCUGAACAAUUUUUUUAAGCUCUGACACUCCAGCUGCAUUUGAUGGAGGUUUUCUAGACUACUUAUUUUGUAAUAAUGAUGUUUAAACCACUGGGAUUCUGCCCACUCUGCUGUAAAUUAGAGUACAAUGUAUUGCUCAAUACUGUAGCUGAAUAUUUACCUCCAAGGACAACAAAACAACAAGAACCAGAACACAAAAACACGUUUUAGUGAGGCACUCUCUUCACACUGCCAUCUAGUGUUACCCUGUGGUUAUGGCUACGAUAUACAAAUCUAAGCUUGGCACUACAGUCAGGAACUAUAUUUUGACAUGAACAUCUCUGAGAGGGAUCGCCUGUGUUCUAAAAAGGAACAACCACUAAAUAAAUAAAUAAAUAUCUACAGCCCUCA